AUGGACUUAGAAAAUUUUGAUGAUGACUCGAUUGUUGAUAAGAAUGACCUGAAAUUUUUUUACAGUAGAAUAUAUCCAUUCGAUAUAAUGUCAAAGUGGUUGUCAUAUGAAUUAGGUACUGGAUCCUCAAAUUUAUUACCAAAUCGUGAGUUCUCCAUGACACUGAUAUCUAACAUGGGAGAAGAUGAAAUUUAUCUUAGAUGGCAAUCCUAUAUGACAAUUGACCAACUUAAACAAGAACUAGUUAGUAGAGUACCUCAUAAGUUUGAUAUUGGAGCUAUUUAUAAUAUCCCUGUUGCGGAGAAAGACAUUUCACCACUUGGAUUUACCCCUUACCAAAGAGAGCUAGUAUUUGAUAUUGACAUGAAUGACUAUGAUGACAUUCGCACCUGCUGCAAGGAUAAAAAAAUUUGUAAUAAGUGCUGGCUUUAUAUAGCACUAGCUAUAAAACUUAUAGACACUAGUUUACAUGAAGACUUUGGCUUUAGACAUGUUUUGUGGAUCUAUUCUGGACGACGUGGGGUGCACUGCUGGGUAUGUGACACUAAAGCACGUUUAAUUCCUACAGAAGCUCGCACAUCAAUUGUUGACUACCUAACACUUGUUACUGGAAAUGAUAAUAGAAAAAAAAAGGUGAAUUUGAAGUUUGCAAUUUCAAACAGUAAACUACAUCCCUUUAUUGAGCGUUGUUACUCUAUAUGUAUACAGUAUUUUGAUCGGAUUAUAGAAGAGCAAGAUCUUUUUAAUCAUAAUUCAGACCAUAUUCAGAAGAUAUUAGACCAUGUUUCAGAUGAUAGUAAGGUAUUACAGAUAUUGAAGAUUUGGAUUUCAAAUAACACUUGUAAAGGGUUCACUUCAACUGAGUUCUGGCUUGCUUUAAAAAAGAUUUUGGAAGAAGUUCAUGGGAAGAACUGUACUACUUUAAAAGAGAUAGUCUUUGCAUUUAGUUACCCAAGGCUUGAUACAAAUGUUAGUAAAGACCUUGGACAUUUAUUGAAGGCACCCAUGUGCAUCCAUCAUGGAACUGGACGCUUAUGUGUCCCUAUUGAUCCAACUACAGUUGAGUUCUUUAAUCCUCGGUGUGUCCCAACACUAACAAAAAUUAGGGCUGAAUAUGAUGCAAUAAGUACUAAGAAUACAAUUCAAACUAGUAUAUGCAAUGAAAAUUAUAAUGUAAAUACACAUCAACUUCCUUGUAUCAAGAAAUAUUCUGAUUUUUUAAAUUCAUUUAUUAGUAAUCUCGUAAUAAGUAUGCAAAGAGAACAGAAAGAGUAUUUAACUGUACUUAAAAUUGCGGAAAGUAAAUAA